CGCACCAGCAUGUUUCCAAUAAACCACGAAACAGAGUGAGCUCAUGCUACAGUAUUGGCUAAUGGCUGAAUUAGACAUUGGAAAACAUUGUCAGGUCGAUACCUGCAAUCUCAAAGAUUUUCUUCCAUUUGUUUGUGACUCCUGUAAUGGUGUUUACUGCCUUGAGCACAGAAGCAGAGAGGCCCACUCCUGUGCAGAGGAAACAGUAACAAGGGAAUCUAAGUGGACUGGAGGCAGCACCAGUUAUCCCUGCUCCUUUGAAGACUGCAAGGGAAAAGAGCUGCUGCCAGUUUUAUGCCCACACUGUGAAAAGCACUUCUGUUUGAUAUCAGAGUUUUUAGUUAUUGCCUUUCUCUUUUUAGAGUCGAAGGAUGGAUCCAAAAGCAAAGGGCGCAGAGGGGCAAAGAAUGCUGCCACUGCUGCAAAGGUAGCUCUUAUGAAACUAAAGCUGCAUGCUGCUGGAGACAAGGGACUGCCACAGACAGAAAGAACCUAUUUGCAGGUUUAUCUUCCAAAAGAAUCCAAGGACAGGAGCCGACCCAUGUUUUUCUCUUCAAAAUGGACCGUGGGUAAAAUGGUGGACUAUGCAGCCUCCUUAGCUGGCCUCAAGAACAACAACAAUGUUCUGACAGCCAAGAAGCUGCGUCUGUGUCACCCCGAGUCGGGCCAGGCUCUGCAGAUGGGUGACUCCCUGCAGUCUCUGCUGGCUAACCCUGAAGCUCCGCUGUACAAUGGUGGCAAUGUGAUUCUGGAAUACCUGGACAAUGACUCCACGGGACUGGAGGAUGUUUCUCAUUAUAUUAUUCAGUCAUGACAUGGCAAUAUCACUGAUAUUCAGAUGUUGUGCAGGUUUUUAUUUAUGUGAAUAAAAAUAUUUUUGUGGAUUUUGGUUUUAUGCUAAU